ACGGCAGGCGUUGUGUUCAUCCCGGGUGGACCCGCAGCUUGCCCUGCCCUGAAACUCGCGUCGCCAGGGAGGCGUCAUGGGCUUCCGGAAGUUCUCCCCCUUCCUGGCUCUCAGUAUCUUGGCCCUGUGCCAGGCCGGCAGUCUCCAGGCGGCGCCAUUCAGGUCCGCCCUGGAGAGCAUCCCAGACCUGGCUACACUCAAUGAGGAGGAAGCGCGCCUCCUGCUGGCUGCACUGGUGCAGGACUAUGUGCAGAUGAAGGCUGGGGAGCUGGAGCAGGAGCUGGAGACAGAGGGCUCCAGUGUCACUGCCCAGAAGAGAGCCUGCAACACUGCCACCUGUGUGACCCAUCGGCUGGCAGGCUUGCUGAGCAGAUCUGGGGGUAUGGUAAAGAACAACUUCGUGCCCACCAAUGUGGGUUCCAAUGCCUUUGGCCGGCGUCGCAGGGAACUUCAGGCCUGAGCAGGUAAAUGCCUCCAGGAGGAAGGUAUGUCCUAAACCCAAUGAUAUACCCUUAUAAGAGAGACACAGAAAAGAAGACACACACAGAGGAGAUGACAUGAAGACAGAGGCAGAGAGGCAUGAGCCAAGGAAGCCAGCGACUACCAGAAGCCAGAAGAAGCACAGAA